GAGAGAGGAGAAGAUAAGAGACAGACAGACAGAGAGAGAAGGUAAGAUAAGAUAACAGCCCAGUGCAAUUAAUAAUGGCAGCCGUGUAUGAUGCUAUAGUUGUUGGAGCUGGUAUAAAUGGCUCUUCUACCGCCCACUACCUACAGAAAAAUGGUUACAGAACUUUAUUAUUGGAACAGUUCCCACUGCCACACAGCAGAGGAAGUUCCCAUGGUCAAAGUCGAAUCACCAGGAAGGCCUACUUCCAGGAAAUCUUUGCUGAGAUGAUGAAGGAAGCUUAUCCCAUGUGGGCACAACUGGAACGAGAUUCUGAGACUCAACUCUACAAGAAGAGCCAGCUACUUGUCAUGUCCACCCCGCAGAGCAGUUACAUGGACACAGUGAAAAGGGUCCUAAUUGACAAGAAAAUGACCUUUAAAGAUGUGCCAGCUGACCGUUUGCUCAAGGAAUUCAACAUAAAAGUUCCAGCAGGUUCCAAAGCACUCAUUGAACCUGAAGGAGGAAUUCUGCGAGCAGACCAAGCACUGAUGACGUUCCAGAAUCAGUUCAAGAAGCUUGGUGGCAAAAUCAUUGAUGGAACCCCCGUAUUAUCUGUGGAACCAGGGGAGAUUAUUAAGCUGCAUACAACCAAAGGAAUGUUCCAGUCUCGAAAUGUUGUCUUGUGCCAAGGAUCGUGGGCCAAAAUAUUUUUCAACCAAUUAGGAAUUGAUUUUCCUCUGAAGCCAAUGAAGAUCAGUGUUGGAUAUUUUAAAUCGAAGGUGCCAGGACAAUAUGAACUUAAGAACAAUUUCCCAGCAUUUUAUUAUGGGAAUGGUAUUGAUGAGUUCUAUGGACUUCCAGCAGAAGAAUAUCCUGGAAUGCUAAAGUUGUUUUUGCACCAUGGUCCUGAAAUCGACCCAAACAAACGAGAUCAGGUUGACUCCAGGUAUACAAUUGAAAAAUGUGAGCAACUUGUCAAAGACAUAUUUCCAGGAUUGGAACUGCAUCCAAGUAUUAUAGAAACAUGUAUUUACACGAUGACCCCAGAUGAACAAUUUGUUUUGGACAGGCAUCCAAAGUUCCCUAACCUUAUUUUGGGUGCUGGAUUUUCAGGACAUGGUUUUAAGCUGGCACCAGUGACAGGGAAAAUUCUUGGAGAAAUGGUCAUGAACAAAAGACCUUCAUAUGACAUGAGCCAUUUCCGAUUGGAUCGGUUUUCUAGAAAAUCCUUAUUAUGAAUACUCUGAAGUAAAGCAAUAAAAACAUGGCUACAAGAAUGGUUCACAGAAAUAAGGGAAGAAUUCUAAAUUUUUACAAUU